CGUUUGCUAGGAUGGCGUCCGUGGUGUUGCGGCAAUUUCGAAGGGACUAGGAAGUUUUGAAAAUUUUCGCAACGACCGAAAUAAUGGCAGAUAAUCAGCAAAGCCGAUUUGAGAAAUCGCUCGGACUGUUAACUACUCGUUUCGUUAGCCUGCUCCAGAAAGCGAAAGACGGCGUGCUGGAUUUGAAAGUCGCCGCGGACCUCCUGGAGGUACGACAGAAACGGCGAAUCUACGACAUCACAAACGUCCUCGAAGGUAUCGGCCUUAUAGAGAAGAAAAGCAAAAACAGCAUUCAAUGGAAGGGUGCUGGACCUGGCUGCAACACUCAAGAGGUUGGCGAGAAGCUGACAGAUCUAAAAGAGGAGAUCAGCAAGCUAGAAGAUCACGAACAAUUAUUAGACACUCAUACCAGAUGGAUUCAGCAGAGUUUAAAGAACAUAGAAAAUGAUAUCAUAAAUAGGAGAUUUGCAUAUAUUACCUAUGAGGACGUAAAGGAGAAUUUUGCAGAUCAAUUUGUACUAGGAAUUCAAGGUCCUUCGGACAUGGAAUUAACAGUACCAAAUGUUUUAAAGACUUUUGUACAGGAUGACUUGAAGAUAAAUUACAAUAUGCUUCUGAAAAGUAAUUUGGGAGAAAUUAAAGUGUACAUGGUCCAACCAGAGCUAGCUAAAACUUAUGAUAAUAAAUUAUUAGAAAUGAGAUUACAAGAAGAAUCCAAGGGUACAAAGCGUGGGAAUGAGGAAACUGAGAAGAAAGAGGAGGAAGUUCCUGUUAAACCAAAGAGGAAAGUUGGCAGGCCACCAAAAAAUGCUAAGCCGGAUCCAGUAUUAACUGAUGACGAAGACGAAGAAGAUUCGGAAUUAAUAGAAGCUAAAAUAGUCCUGCGUGAUGUAAGCACUACAGAUAUUUUCCAAAGAGAUUUGGAGUUCUUUGAUCAAUUCUAUCCUGAUUUUUAUGGGCCGUUAAUGAGAUUAAGUCCACCGCCUGGAGAAAAGGAUUACAAUUUCAAUCUUAGUGAGAACGAGGGUGUUUAUGAUUUAUUCGAUAUUACGACGUAAUGAGUGUUGAUUUGCUGUAGCAACGAUUUACAGACUGUGCCAACAGCAUAUAAGGGUCGAUAAUCGGGAAAAAUAUGAUAAAAUCAUUAAGAAAAAUUUAUGCGUAUAAUUUUAGGGAAAUUAAUAUGAAUCAAUCAUUGAGAAUAUACAGUAUUUUUUUAUUAUUAAAACUAUGGGAAGUUAAUACGAGGCAUUUAUGAAGAUAUCUUCAACCUGUUCUGGCCGCUGUUUUAUAUAGUGCUGAAAGUAACGUGAAGUUUUAAAGGCACCUUUUAUAUAGAGAUUAUUCUAGCUUUAAGUAGAUCAUACGAACUUGCUUCAUGAAUCUUCUUGAAGGCAAAUAUAUAUUUGUUGCAAUAAUUCUUCAUUUGGAAUACAAUAAAAGAAAAACCAUACAAAUAUAAAAAAAAAACAAUUUACUACAGUGUUGUCUAGAAUUUUUGUAGUUUGGGACUUAGAAUUGAUGCGUCGAUAUUUUUGCUGUGUUUUUAUGAUUGUGUUUUCUAUCUUCCAUUUCCAUUAGCCGUCUUUUCACAGCAUAGAACGAUUGAUCUCAGAGAUAAGACACACAUUCAGACGUAUAAAAUUUUAUUAAUUUUAUAUUUGUUACUAUAGCAUGCAAACACACUCAUAUAUUUUUAAUGAUUAAAAAGAAUA